AUGUCAUCCUCAUCUUCUGCGCAGCUACAUAGCACGGUUGCCAAUGGCAGAUCAAGUGAAGCUGCUACGAAAACACAGAAACCGGAACCAACAAAGGAGGUUCCAAUUGAGCCAACCAAUAAGACUGUUGACGCAGAGUUCCGCAAGAAAAAACUUGUCAGAAAACAUGCAGGGCCCUCGAAGAUCAAGUACGCUGUAUGGUUGGGUGGCCAUGCUACAUGUGUGGUUUUUGGAGUGAUUGCCUUAGUAUGGAAUCUUCUAUGGUUUAAGGAUCACUAUUAUUUGAGCAGCAUAUGCUACAGAAUAUCAUUGAUUGGAGAAGUCGUGGCGUUGGUGUGUACAACGUCUAGACGGUUUGGAUUUGCGCAUCUUCCUCGGUUUUCGAUGAUGCUAGCUCAGAAAAAUUUCCAGUACAUUCUUUUGUCGGUAGCAUGGCUUUUUACUUUCCGGUCAGUGUUGAAGAUUGUGCCUGUGAUCCUUAUUUCGAUGUUGCAGUUGGCCGAGAACAAGAAGAUCGAGCCUCUUCUCAAAUUGGGCGACAUGUUCGGAACGAUAAUUGCCUUUGAUGAACUCAUUUUGGUAGCUUACUUGUUUGCCAGAACCGUGGCUAUGAUCAAGACUUCGGGGUAUCAAUUGAUUUUGAUGAUGACUCUCUUGUGGUUGCGGGUAUUGUUCGAUGCAAAGACCGCAGAGAUGUUUGCGUAUGUAGUUGACCGUCUUGAUGGAAAGAUGUCCCAGGUGCAAAAUAAAAAGGUCCGGAAGGCAUGGAACAAGCUCAGGGCUUUUAUCAAGGAAAAGGUUGAGGGCCAUGGGCCAGACAAUCAAGUUGAUGCCAACCAGAAGAUGAGCAAGAAUUAG